AUGGCAUCGUCGACGAGAGUUGCCAUGAGGCUGUUGUCUCCGCGCAUCCAAUGCCUUCAGCGCCCGGCUCGCUGCGCAACACAGAUCCGACACGCCUCGCGAUACAGCAACCCAGCCAAGCGGAGCUUCACCGCAGCACCAGCCGCGGCACCUUCUUUCGUCGCGCAGUCUGCGCUACCACCUCAUAUAUACGCAGAGCAAGAUGCAGUUAGGAACCCGCUUGACGCUCGGGCAGCCCAGCUCGCUCAUGAGGAAAAGCGCCAGUACCAUAUCAGGCGAAUGCGUUUCGCUGGUAUUGGCUUGUUGUUGAGCAUCUUUGGACUGGCUAUGGUCUUGUACAACCUCGAUCUGGACGAUAUGGAGCAGGCCGAACUGAAGAGGAAGAACAAGCAGCAGCUGGACGCAUCAGACGAUUCGAACAAGCAGUUUCAGGGCAAGGAGGUCGAGAUCAUCGGUGCUGGUGAGGACAAAAGAAUAGUCGCGCGAGGACCUGGAGGCGAGGUAGAGCUUGUGGAAACUGGUACCAGCAGUGUGCCGCACUUCCCGAGAACGAUACAUCUUCCCACUUCUCCCGAAUCUGCUCCAGCGAAGGCUGCGGCUGGGACUGAUGUGCCGGGCUUGAACGAAGGCACCAAUGCUGGUAACAUUCAGAAUCAGGAAGAGUAUACUUUGCUCGGGCUAGGUAUCCGGACAGUAUCGUUUCUGGGGAUCCAGGUAUACGUGGUGGGCAUGUACAUCAGGACACAGGACAUCAGCGCGUUGCAGGAGAAGCUGAUCCACGUCAUCAACGAGAGCGCAUCAACUUUGAUCCCAUCGGAGAAAGAGGAGCUGAAGAAGCGACUGUUGGACCCCAGCGGAAGUCGCGAAAUCUGGCAAGAGCUGUUGAAAGUGCCCGGGCUGAAAACAGCAUGGCGUGUCGCACCCACGAGGAACACCGACUUUGGGCACUUACGGGAUGGUUGGAUCACUGGUAUAACGAAUCGCACUCGAGAAGCGAAGCAACUCGCGAAGGGCGUCGAGACCGAAUAUGAUGCUGAGGACUUCGGCCAGGCGAUCGGUAGCUUCAAGAGCCUCUUCGCAGGUGGGAAGGCGCCGAAGGGGUCCGUCAUGAUCUUGGCGCGAGGCACAACGGGCAACAUGGACGUCUGGUUCCAGGCGAAGCCAGGCGCGAGUGGGAAGGACAAACAAAUGCAACUCUUGGGAACUGUACCGGAUGAACGCAUAAGCAAACUGAUCUGGCUGGGGUACCUCGGUGGCGACAAGGUCAGUUCUGAGGCUGCGAGACAAGGCGUCGUGGAUGGCUGUAUUGGCUUCGCGGGCAGGCCCAUUGGAAGUGCAGAGGCGAGAGUAGUGUAG